CCGUCCUCCUUCCCCCCACCCGAACUCCGCCCCCUAAUCGAAGAAAUCGCAACCCUCCUCAAAGACCGUAAAGAAACCGUCUGCGUCGCCGAAACCGCAGCAGGCGGCCUCAUCUCCGCAUCCCUCCUCUCCUACCCCGGCGCAUCAUCCUACUACGCCGGCGGCCUAACCCUCUACACCCUCCCCUCGCGCCUCGCCUUCGGCGGCUGGACCGACGCCCACAUAUCCUCCUACGCGGGCCCGACGCCGGAGAUCGUAGCCGGGCUCGCGGAGCACGCGCGAACCACGCUGGGCAGCACGUAUGGGAUAGGGGAGUCUGGGACCGCGGGGCCGACGGGGGGCGAGGCGAGGAAUAGGAGGCCGGGGUAUGUGGCGCUGGCUGUUAGUAGGGAGGGGGGCGAGACGGUCACGCGGGAGGUGGAGACGGGGAGGGGGGAUAGGGAGGGGAAUAUGGUGGGGUUUGCAGGGGAGGCGUUGGGGUUGCUUAGGGAUGUUAUUAAGGGG